CCGUCAAAAGUGUCAAUGAUAAAUAAUUAUAUUCAGUUACUCUGUCACAUGUAGUUGUCUUCAUCUAUGCUCUGUUAGUUAUUCACUGGUGCAGUUAUUGGUUGGAAAGUUGAAGUCAUUUUACGUGUUUAAAUCCUAGUUAUCAACGAUGGAACCAAUGUGUGUAGGCAGUACACCAAGUCCGGCAUCUCCUGCGGUCAAUCCCGGUUUUUUGCCUAACUUUUUAAUAGAGGAUCUUCCUCUUUCAACGCCCCAAAAUGGAAAUGCUUUACCAGGCCACAAGAAGACUCCCAGUAGUUUUAGAACCAAGUCAAACGCAAAGGAAUCGCAAACGUUACGGCAGAAGCUUUUCAGCCAAGCUAUGGCAGAAAGCCCCAUUCCUUCAUCGCAGUCUUUUGAGCCAGUAAAUGAAAAAGUUGGCCCCCCGAAGACCAGCUUGUUUGACGCGCUUGAUUCCGCCAAACGACCCGUUGCUCCAAUUUUGAGCAGUACUGUAGCUCAGAAUGAGUCCGGACUGUUUAAUGAGACCUUAUCGCGAAUGCAUCCAGAGGAAUCAUUCUAUAGAACUAAUAGUUUCAACUCCAGUCGGCAGAAUGGGAGUGGAGAACAUUGGGUAACCGUAUUUGGGUUUCCUUCAAGUGUGCUCAGUCAAGUUCUCUGCGAGUUAUCCAAUUGUGGGGUUGUAGCAGAUAAAUAUGUCCCUCACCAAGGAAAUUGGGUUGAUGUCAAAUUUAAUAACAACAGUGAGGUGUCCCGAGCCUUAGCUCUCAAUGGAAAAUGCAUUAAUGCCAAUGUGAUGAUCGGAGUUCAGGUCAGACGUACUAAGGAAAACAAGGAAAAUAGCUCGAUUUCUACACCUAAUAGAGCCAGGUCUUUGAGGUACUCCUUUAUAUCGCCCCAGCCUUCGAAUAGUGUCAUUCCCUCGCAAACCGUUCCGCACAAGUCUACUGGAAUUGUUAGUAAAGCCAUGGAAUAUGUCUUUGGAUGGUAAAACGUGCUAUACUUUUAAUAUACGUGCUUAAUUUUAAAUGUGCCUUUGCGACUAUUUGUGAUCAUAUGUACAUGUAGUUAUAUCGUCUUAGUUAAUAAAAAUUCUUUAUUUUCGCAUGGA